AGUUUGUAUAGUCACACCGGUGUGAAGUUAGCGGAUCUGCUGUUCGCGCGUGCGGCUCUGGUGCAAGAUGGACGCGUGGACCCGGUAGCGCGAGCCGAGCGCGUGAAUGUGUGAUGAGCACAGAGGUUCUGAUCGUUAGACAGAGCUGUAGCGGAUUCUGGUGAACAAGUACACACUGCAACAGGUUUGGAAAAGAGCGAGAGCAUCAGAGAGAGAGAGAGAGAGAGAGAGAGAGAGAGAGAGAAAGUCGCGAGAGCACGGAAUAAUACACAAUACAAUACAAUACAGACACACACCGAAGACGUAGUGCAGGUGCGCGAGCGAGCACAUCGCCUGGACUGCAAAACACACACACACACACACACACACACACACACACUGUGUGUAUGGGAUUAACACUAGGAUUAGUAGGAGAUCUGCAUUCUUCACGACUGACAAUAUGAUGCCGAUGUUUCUAACCGUGUACCUCAGCAACAGCGAGAAGCACUUCACCGAGGUGCCCGUAACCCCGGAGACGCUGUGCCGGGACGUUGUGGACGUGUGUAAGGAACCCGGAGAGACCGACUGCUACCUGGCCGAGAGCUGGAGAGGAUCAGAGCGCGCGAUCGGUGACGGUGAGAGGAUGACGGAGCUGCUGCAGCGCUGGGGGCAGCAGAGGUCCGAGGUUCGGUUCGUUCUCCGCCACGAGCGAGCGCCCAGCCACGAUGCAGGGACUCCCAGAGGCCCGGAGCUCUCGCUGAAGAGGAACGCCAUAUCCGAGACACACCUUGAGAACGGGAUUGUUCAUCCUCCUAUGGACAUCAGUCUCACGGAGCUGCAGGAGAUGGCAUCCCGGCAGCAGCAGCAGAUCAACGCGCAGCAGCAGGUCCUGGCCUCCAAGGAGCAGCGCCUUCGAUUUCUGAAGAUGCAGGAACAGCAGCAGCGUGAGCAGGAGAAGCUGCGGCUGUUACGCGAGAACGCUGAGAACCAGGAGGCCAAACUGAGGCGUGUUCGGGCUCUCAAGGGUCAGGUGGAGCAGAAACGCCUCAGCAACAGCAAACUAGUGGAGGAGAUCGAGCAGAUGAACGGCCUAUUCCAGCAGAAGCAGAGGGAGCUGCUCAUGGCCGUGUCCAGGGUGGAGGAGUUGAGCAAGCAACUGGAGACAUUACGCAGCGGCAAACCGGACGAAAUCGCUGAACUCGAGAGACUCUACAAAGAGCUUCAGCUGAGGAACAAGCUGAACCUGGAGCAGAGCGCGAAGCUCCAUCAGCAGAAGGAGUGUCUGAGUAAGCGCACACAGGAAGUAGCGGGGAUGGAGCGGCGCCUGGCCGAACUGCGCCAGAGACUGUGGAAGAAGAAAGCAGCUCUACAGCAGAAAGAAAACCUGCCUCAGCCGGGUGAUGGACAGAGCCCUCAUCCUCCCUCGGUUCCGUCCAGAAUUGCCGCUGUCGGUCCAUACAUUCAGUCUCCUGCUCCUCCACUUCCUCCCAAACAGGACGUCCUGGUGAAGCCAGCCUAUCCGGAUGGCACUAGCACACUGCCCAAACCGCUUAACAAACCCACCAGUAAACUCUCCAAGCAGUCUGAAUGGAGUGUGAGCAGUGAGAUCAGUGGCAUGGGCGGCUCGCAACGAGGCUACGCUUCCACCCUGCCCCGUAUGAGCAGCCACGGCUCCGUGGAGAAAGAUCCCGAGGCAGAUCGGAAGCCGCCACCACCACUUCCGUUACGGAAGAAUCAGAGCAGCGAGGACCUCUUAAACGAUGGCCAGCAGGUUGGAGGUAAAGUGCCCCCUCCGGUCCCCAGCAAACCCAAACUAGGCCAGGCUGGCGUCCCCAAGCCCUGCUUCUCCACUGGCACCUUUCCAGGCAAAGCCAGACCCACCCACCAGCUGGCCCCCCACCUCCCGAAGUCACCGAUGCCCGCGGCCACUGUCCGGCCCUUCAGUGUGGAGGGCUCAACAAGCAAAGGCCCCGCCAUCCAGAAACCUCAGACGCUGGCAGCCAGCUCCAUCUACUCCAUGUACACGCAACAGAGCUUGCUGGCUAAGGGCUACCAGGGCCAAAGCACGCUGACGCGCUCGCAGCCUCGGGUGUACGGAAAACCGGUCAUCCCGUCCAGCAGAGGGCAGCACUCUCACUCCCAGGACAGCAGCCACAAUGAGAAAGGCAGCUCCGUCGAGGCUGAUCAGGUGGACCAGGCCAUCAGCGGCGGUCCCGGUGAGGGCACGGAAUCGGAGCGGGCACCGCGCCCACUGAGUCCCACCAAGCUGCUACCGUUCCUGAUGCUCCAACACCGCCUGCAGAGUGAUGCUGAACCGGAGACACCACGCAGGCGGCUGCAGCAUGCGCCACGCCCGUUAAAGAAGCGCAGCUCCAUCACGGAGCCCGAGGGACCCGGUGGACCCAACAUCCAGAAGCUCCUUUACCAGAAGACCACGCUGGCGGCCAUGGAGAUGCCGGAGUCCAGCACGGGGGCUGCAGAGGAAACGGGAUGGCCGUCGGGAGGAGCUCAGAAGGGGUCGGAUACAGAUAGGGACGGAGAGGAGGAAGAUCAGACUUCGCCUCUACCUCCGCUUCCACCACGUUCCUCUGCUGCAGGACAGAGCAGAAGAUCUGAACCGACGGAGGAUGAUGAGCAGGAGGUGGGUAGUUCAGUCCCAGCUGAGGAAUACCCUCCGUAUCCCCCGCCUCCGUAUCCCAGCGCAGGCAACCACGAUGGGCAGGAAGAGGAGGAGGACAAUGGGAUGAGGGCACCUGAGGUCACUGGACAGGUCACGCUGCCGCCGGGGAAGAGAACGAACCUGCGGAAGGCGGGGUCGGAGCGGAUCAGCCACGGCAUGCGGGUGCGCUUUAAUCCGCUGGCCCUCCUGCUGGAUGCUUCACUGGAGGGUGAAUACGACCUGGUGCAGAGGAUCAUCUACGAGGUGGAGGACCCUAGCAUGCCCAACGACGAAGGCAUCACGGCGCUCCACAACGCGGUGUGCGCAGGACACACGGAGAUCGUCAAGUUCCUGGUGCAGUUCGGCGUUAACGUCAACGCCGCCGACAGCGACGGCUGGACGCCCUUGCACUGUGCCGCGUCCUGUAAUAACGUUCAGGCGUGCAAGUUCCUGGUGGAGUCGGGCGCGGCCGUGUUCGCCGCCACCUACAGCGACAUGCAGACGGCGGCGGAGAAGUGUGAGGAGCUGGAGGAGGGAUACGCACAGUGCUCACAGUUCCUCUACGGUGUGCAGGAGAAGAUGGGGGUGAUGAACCGCGGUAUCGUGUACGCGCUGUGGGACUACGAGGCCGAGCACGCUGACGAGCUGUCGUUCACCGAGGGCGACUGCAUGACCGUGCUCAGACACGAAGACCGAGACGAGAGCGAGUGGUGGUGGGCGCGGUGCGGAGACAAUGAAGGCUACAUCCCCCGCAACCUGCUCGGGCUGUAUCUGCGGAUCAAACCCAGACAGAGGAGUUUAGCCUAAACCUCACCAUGGUUCGGUCCCAAUCCAACCGACGUGCCCUCAAUAUCAGUACGCACUGACAGCAAAGGGCUGACGGAAGCAAAUCACUCCCGAAGUGCUUCUUCUCUACACGCUGGUGCAGUCCCAAGCUUCACUUUUUGUAUUUGUUAAUUCGUCGUCUUCAGAAGCACAACGGAGGCUUUUUAAAAAAAAUUUUUUUAUAAGUAGUUACAUCUGAUGAAUGUUUAAUAACUUAAUAACUUCAUGGCCUUUCUAGAAGGUGAAUGUAUGUCAGAAAUGAUUACUUGCACAGCUUUUAAGUUAUUCGUACAGGUGCGUAGAUGUGACGGCACGUUUUUGUGCGGCAACGAACUCGAUCGUGCGACCGCCACUUGCCUUUUUUUCAUCUGGCUUGAUUUCUAGCUGACGAGUUUGCUAGGAAGCGACUGUGGUGACGUCGUACGAUCGAGCUGGCAACCGGUCGAGCAAAAUGUAGCUUAAGCUCCGUCCACGUUGACACGAUAUCGCUUUCGGGGUUUCCCCCCCUACUGUAUAUAUAAAAACAAGCUGGAUUACUGUUUGUCUGCUAAUAAAUAUAACUUUUUUUUCCAAGAUUAAAAACAAUAAACAAUCCACUAUGGUGCUCAAUAACGUGAAACAAUUCUGGUUCACGAUAAAAAAAACAUCUCGUUCAAAAGAAAUGAAUAAAUAAAACCUUUGUAUUUAAACGUU